CGGAAGCAAAUAUUGACUUUGGGCUUGUUGUCGUGUUCAAACAGUGCAAAGCAACGCGCUGCACACCGAACGCGAGGCGAUCAUCAUUCCCGUAGUCCUGGCCUAAGAAAUUGCCUGACGCGAGGCGGUCAGGUCACUUUAGCCUCAAAACGUUAUGCGGGGAGAAGUCUGCAUUGGUACCGCCAGCUUACUUUCGUUCAUUGCGACACUUCUGCUCAUGUUUGCCCACAUUGGUUCAACAAAUCACAAUGCCAUUGCUCGAGGAAUAGGACUGAUAACUGUCAAUGUCUCCAGCCUGGCUGCUGGGCUCGUGGCUGCCACUGGAGACCAAAGUCCGGGUUUUUACAGCAACACCCCUCAGGACCCACUAGGACAACAUCGUGGCGUCCGACGAGUAUACCAAUGGGGCUUCUACGGCUACUGCGGGUUCAUUGACCGCGCCAGCGGCGCUGGCGUGUGCACUGCAGAAGGCAACAGCUCGUUUGGAUACCCAUUCAAUCCCAAAGGGGCGAUAAUCGCCGACGCCCCUGCUAAUUAUACCACCCUCCUCGAUCUCCUCAUCCAACAGCCAACGCCUUUCGGAAUGAUCGACCGAAACAAAUCGACUUCUGUAGCUGGAUUCGCCUUCAUCUUUAUAGGGUCCCUCUCAACGGCCCUGGCAUUCCUUACCGGUUUAAUAAGAAACAGUUACACUUUCUCUGCCGCCCUGGUAUUGAGUAUAUUCGGUGCGUUCACAACACUCAUCGGUGCUGCAAUAUGGACAGCCUUGAUUGGGGCUAUGAAGCCCGAGGGGAAUAUUAUCGUUGCCACAAAUACCAAAAUCGGAAUAACAACUGCAUAUGGAACGGCUCUGUGGCUCAUCUGGACGGCCUGGGUUGCAAUGCUUCUCUCCAUUGCUCCCUACUUUUUGACUUGUUACACGUAUCUGAGACGACGCUCGGGAUACUGACAUUUUUCUAUCGAAUUGGACGAUCUAUCACGAAUCUAAUAUCCAUUUGAAUGUUGAAUGUACGCUGUUUUAGUUUGUUUUUGCACCUCGAGUAAUCUAGAUCUUUCAUUCGCCGAGCACGAUAUGAAGAUACGAUAAACAAUGAAAAGAAUUAACAGAAACCGAGUCCGAAAAUAAGCAAAAGAAUGUACGUGUUAAGAAAGUCCUUGUGUGCGUAAAAUGCAUGACUGG